AUGAAGGUUUCUGCUAUUGCCGUCAUCGCCACCGCCGUGGUCGGCGUCACCGCCGUCCCACUCGAGUCUGGUCCCAUGGCCAGCCUCCAGGCCCGCGCCGCGGACGCCAUCGGCGGCGUUGUCCACUACAUCCGCAGCGAACAGGCCGGCACACCCGUCGUGCCGGAGAUCAAGCGCUCGCCGAUCCGGUUCCACAGCGGCCUGGACCACGAGAACGCCAUCAAGCGGCGCAAGAACGGCGACGGCAACAAGAACGACCCGCCGCCGCCGCUGAACCCCUUCGUCACGGGGUCCCAGAAAGAGAAGCGCUCGCCGGACCUGACGAGGAGGAACCCGGCCGAGACGUCCGUGCCGCCCCUAGCGCCCUUUUCUACGGGCGAGUAG